GUGUCGCAGACAUUUGACGACAGUGGAAGCGGAAGUUUAUCAAAGCGCAUGCGUGCUGUCAACAGAGAUCAUUUUUACAUCCAGGCAGUGGUUCUUCCUGCUUCCGGUGAAUCUCUGACGGGUGUUUUAUUGGAUCUACGAAGUCAGCCUGGUUGUGCUUUGUCCUCCUCUCAUUCCAGACUACAGAAAUGGAGAAGGUAGGAGAGAAACAGGGAGAAGAGGACGGAGCAGCUCCAGCAGGAGGAGGAAGUGAGCUGGGGCAGAAGUCAGGCACGAAAAGGGUGCCAGAGAGAGGUGAUGAUGAGGAGGAGACACCACCCACCAAGAAACCAGUGACUGAUCACGGCGUGAAGGUUGCGAGUCACUACAACAAACUGCAGGAAGUUGGUCUGGAGGUCCGAAGUCAAAGCAGGAUCUUCUACAUGAGGAACUUUAACAACUGGGUGAAGAGUGUUCUUAUUGGUGAGAUGCUGGAGCGGGUCCGAGGAGCGGGAAGCAGGAACGUGUCGGUGUUGGACCUCGGCUGUGGGAAAGGAGGAGACCUGCUGAAGUGGAGGAGAGGAGGAAUAAAUCGUCUUGUUUGUGCAGAUAUAGCCGGAGUGUCAGUGGAGCAGUGCCAGAGUCGCUACGAAGACAUGAAGCGGAAAAGUUACAAUAACGAGAAAAUCUUUAGUGCUCAAUUCAUCACCGCAGACUGCUCCACGGAGGUUUUGUCAGAGAAGCUGGAUGACCCCCAGCUGAUGUUCGACAUCUGCAGCUGCCAGUUUGUGUAUCACUACUCGUUUGAGAGCGAGCAGAAGGCAGACAUGAUGCUGAGGAACGCCUGCGAGCGUCUGAAGCCUGGGGGCUUUUUUAUCGGAACAACGCCAGAUGCAUACGAGCUUGUGAAACGUCUGGAGGCGUCUGACUCGCUGACCUUUGGUAACGAGAUCUUCAAAGUUUCCUUCCAGUCCAAAGGUUCCUACCCGCUGUUCGGAUGUCAGUAUCACUUCAACCUCGAGGGCGUGGUCGAUGUGCCGGAGUUUCUUGUCUACUUUCCUGUUUUGGAACACAUGGCGAAGCGCUACAACAUGCGUCUGGUUCUGAAACAGAGGUUUUCAGAGUUCUGUGAGGAGAAAGUGAAAAAGGAGCAACACCGCAACCUCAUGAUGAAGAUGAUGGCUCUGGAGCUGUUUCCCUGUGAGGUCGGAGGUCGACAGGCUUCAGAGAGCACUGAAGAGUACUCCCACGCUAAAGAACACUGUUGCAGAGCGGGACUGAGACAAGUGGGAACACUGAGCAGAUCUGAAUGGGAGGCAGCCAGUAUCUACCUGGUGUUUGUCUUCCAGAAGAUGGCCUGAUGCUUGAAAAACAUAACAAAACUCCUCUUGAAGCUUACCUCACCUGUUUGUGUUUGUACAGUUUUUUUUUCCGUUGCCUUUUUUAGGAUUUUUUUUAUAUAAACUAUGAUCUGCAGGCCUGUUGGAGAAAUGUAUUUAAACCACAAAUUAAAACAGCUGUUUUUCAUCCAUAUUGGCCUGUUUUGGCUAUAUUGUCCUAUUAGGAGUUAGAAUGCAGUGAAGGUGGGAUUAAUGGAACAAAUGACAUUUGGAGGUAAUUGAGAUGUAAGAAAUGAUCCUGUACAAGCUGUUUGACUUUGUCAGAUUGUUGGGACUUUAGUUUCAUAAAUAAAACGAUCUAAUUCAUAAAACAUCA